UUAAUGCUAAGAUGAUUUUAUAAAUUAUAUAUAAAGAUUUUGUGGCUCAGAUAAGGUCCAGUUCUGGUUUAUUUCUUCACUCUUGGCUGACAUGUGGCAUUGCUAUGUGGCAUUGCUUGCCUGCUUGUGGCUCAGAUUUGGCAAACGGGAGCGGUCCGGCCCAGGUGCCAUUAUUCCAUUCCACAGAUCAUCAUACCAUGCAUGCCAGAUGUGAGCCAGAUCUGGGCCGGCACAAAGUUGCUAUCCUUAUCUAGUUAGAUCAGGUUUUAACGUUUACAUGUAUGUUCUUGACAGACGCUCCCUUGCUUUGGUUGGCAUAUGAAUGGUUUAACAAGUGUUGUGUUUAACUGGGUAGACAAGGAUGAAGGUGCAUGAAAAAUCAACAAAACCACUUCACACACUCUCCAUACACACUCCACAUGGGAGGAAACACCAUUCACAUCAGAGGAGAAUAGAAAGACAUCAAAGCCUGUCAGCAAACAAUAUGUCCACAUUGUUUUCCAUUAUUAUUCAUUUUCUCUUGUUCACGCUCUCCAUUGUGCUCGUAAUGAGUUGUGGCGAGUGUGGAUGCGUCGCAAAUUGCAGAAAUGGCUUAUUGUUUUCUUAAAUAUUAUUAUUUAUGAUGUGGUAUGAUUUAAUUAAAUGCAGAUGGACACAAAUCAAAAGCAAGACGCUCAGUCGGAAUCACUGCAUUGACAACAUUCAGUUUGAACAUAAUCUAGCUCAACAAACUAUCGUGUUUAAAUCACUGCAGAAAGUGUUGAAGUUGUUUCAUUUACCUCGAUGACGUGCGUUCGUGGAAGCUGGGAUGACUGACACAUGACAAGGACCCCUGUCACCAUGACAACAGGCUCUAAUGGAGACAGAAUUGGAGGAGGUCCCUCCUCCUAAAGUACAUAACCCCUGUCUUUGAUCUGGCCUGCACUCGCUCCGUCUCUCUGCUGCACCGAGACUGCUGUAGGGAGCAUGUCCACUGACUGUGUGAGGUCACUCUCAGACAAAGCCGAACACACACUCACCAUGCAUGAACAUCUCUAUGGGAACGCUGAAAUGGACAAUCAGAAGCACAGCUCUGAAGAACAUCAGCAGGACAAACUGGGACAGAAGAAACCCCGCAGGAAAGACACUCCCGUACUCAACAGCCCUCCACUCAUACCAGGCGUGAGAUUGAUGAAGACAGAGGCACGAAUGAUUCAUCAGGAGGAUGAGGAGAAGGAGAUGAAGAAGUAGAUGUGUUGCAAAACAUUCAGUUUUCAUUGUUGUGUUAUUUUUGAUCGUUGACUGAGCCUUCAUUAAAUGUAGGUUUUGCAGAUAU